UACGCACACUUCCGUACAGCGGCGGCCUUCCCAGCAUUCCGUAGGUAAACAAGAUGGCGCCUUAGUGUGUACGGAUUAGCGACGUAUAGCGAGAGAUCAGUAUAUUGCCGGUGUAUAGCGCUAAUUAUUGUAUUCAGAUGGCUGGGGAGCCGACCGAUAAACGUGAGCGUGAUGCGUCUCCAUCCAAGGAUCGUAAGCGGUCUCGCUCCCGAUCUCCUGAGAGGGACCGUGAUAGGAAAGCUUCUCCGACAAAAGACAGGAAGAGGCAUCGCUCUCGGGAGAGAAGACGCUCACGAAGCCGUACCCGCUCACGCUCUAAAUCUAAUGAAAGGGAUCGAAGACAGAAAGAUAGGAAGAAAGAGAGGGAGAGAGAAAAGGACCCACAUCGUCGGGACAAAGAAAAGAAAAGAUCAAGGAGCCCAUCUCCCAGCCGAGGAGGUAAAGAUGCCAAACUGAAAAAAGAACUGAAAAAGGAAGGUGAAGAGGAAACGCAGGCUGACAAAAAGAAAAAGUUUAAGCCCCUCUCAUUGGAGGAGCUGUUGGCAAAAAAGAAAAAAGAGGAAGAGGCAGAAUCUAAGCCUAAAUUCCUCUCCAAAGCGGAGCGUGAGGCUGAAGCCCUGAAACGUAGGCAAAUGCAGGUUGAAGAGCAGCAGAAAUUUAUAGAAGAUGAGCGUAAAAGGAGGAAGCAGUUUCAAGAUGUAGGAAGAAGAAUGAUGGAAGAUCCACAGGAAAGGGAGAGGCGAGAACGGAGGGAGAGGAUGGAGCGGGAAAAUAACGGCAAUGAGGAUGAUGAGGGAAGGAUAAAAGUCAGAGAGGAGAAAGAUAAAACCAAAGAACUACAGGCGAUAAAGGAACGUUACCUGGGUGGUAUAAAGAAGAGGAGACGCACUCGCCAUUUGAAUGACAGAAAGUUUGUGUUUGAAUGGGACGCAUCGGAGGAUACUUCAAUUGACUAUAACCCUCUGUACAAGGAACGACACCAUGUCCAGCUUCUUGGUCGUGGCUUCAUUGCAGGUAUAGACCUAAAACAACAGAAGCGAGAACAGUCCCGGUUCUAUGGGGAUCUGAUGGAGAAGAGGCGGACCCUGGAGGAGAAGGAGCAGGAGGAGGUGCGGCUGCGCAAGGUGAGGAAGAAGGAAGCUAAGCAGCGCUGGGAUGACAGACACUGGUCACAGAAGAAGCUUGAUGAAAUGACAGACAGGGACUGGCGUAUCUUUAGGGAGGAUUACAGCAUCACCACCAAGGGUGGCAAAAUUCCCAACCCCAUCCGCUCCUGGAUUGACUCCUCUCUGCCGCCUCAUAUCCAGGAAGUUAUUGACCAGUGUGGAUACAAGGAACCAACACCCAUUCAGAGACAAGCCAUUCCUAUUGGUCUGCAGAAUCGUGACAUCAUUGGUGUGGCUGAGACUGGCAGUGGUAAAACUGCUGCUUUCCUCAUUCCCCUGCUGGUCUGGAUCACAACUCUGCCCAAGAUUGACAGGAUUGAGGAGUCUGACCAGGGACCUUAUGCAAUCAUUCUGGCUCCAACAAGAGAGUUGGCCCAACAGAUUGAGGAGGAAACAAUCAAGUUUGGAAAGCCACUGGGUAUUCGAACUGUGGCUGUUAUUGGAGGUAUCUCUCGUGAGGACCAGGGAUUCAAACUGCGAAUGGGCUGUGAGAUUGUGAUUGCUACUCCUGGACGUCUGAUAGAUGUGCUAGAAAACCGAUACUUAGUCCUAAGUCGAUGCACCUAUGUGGUACUGGAUGAAGCUGACCGUAUGAUUGACAUGGGCUUUGAGCCUGAUGUCCAGAAGAUCUUGGAGCACAUGCCAGUCACCAACCAGAAGCCGGAUACAGAUGAGGCAGAAGAUCCAGAGAAAAUGAUUGCCAACUUUGAGUCUGGGAAACAUAAAUAUAGACAAACGGUCAUGUUUACUGCCACUAUGCCUCCAUCUGUGGAGCGGCUGGCCAGAAGCUAUCUUCGUCGUCCUGCGGUGGUGUAUAUUGGCUCUGCUGGUAAACCUCAUGAGAGAGUUGAACAGAAGGUGUUCCUCAUGUCUGAAGGGGAGAAGAGGAAGAAGCUGCUUAACAUCCUGGAGAAAGGCUUUGAUCCUCCAAUCAUUAUCUUCGUCAACCAGAAGAAGGGUUGUGACGUACUGGCCAAGUCACUUGAGAAGAUGGGGUACAAUGCUUGUACUCUACACGGUGGUAAAGGUCAAGAACAGAGAGAGUUUGCCCUGUCUAACCUUAAGGCUGGAGCUAAGGAUAUACUGGUGGCCACAGACGUGGCUGGUCGAGGUAUUGAUAUUCAUGAUGUCUCCAUGGUCGUGAACUACGAUAUGGCUAAAAAUAUUGAAGACUAUAUCCAUCGUAUUGGUAGAACGGGUAGAGCUGGUAAGAGUGGUGUUGCCAUUACUUUCCUUACCAGGGAAGAUUCCACUGUGUUCUAUGACCUUAAGCAAGCCAUCCUUGAGAGCCCAGUAUCAUCCUGCCCACCUGAGCUUGCAAACCAUCCCGAUGCCCAGCACAAGCCUGGCACCAUCCUUACUAAGAAGAGAAGGGAAGAGACCAUCUUUGCUUGAGUUGUUUCUGGAGACUGGUAGAACUGUAUUCUGGCACGUCAAUAUUUAUUCCUGGUUUUAUAUGGAUGAAAAGUCUCCUGAAAAUUACAUGGGAAGAUUGGCAUCAUUGACUGUUUAUGUACUUGUUAGGAUCUUCAGAUAAAAACUUUCCUGUACAGAAUUAAAGAUAACUAAAACAAUGAGGGGAUUAUCCUCUCUGAGGCACUAAGGUCUACAAAAUGCUGAUAUUCCUUCAUAAACAACAUAUGGACAAUAAAGACCUUAUAGUGCAGGUGGAGCAUCUGCUCGUCCAGUUAUUUCCAUAUUGCUUUUGUUUUUUUAUUUUUAAAUUCCUGAACAUAACCAAAUGUGGAUGAAACUGUCACCAAGUAACCUGUACAAUAGAUAAUCUGGGUUUAGCACAAAUGCCAUUUAAAUGAAGUAAUGAAAGGGUGAUGGUGUUUAUUGUGGUCAUGUGCCAUAGGCAGACUCCUUGCAUUCAAAGUAUUCUAUAAGCCUCUUGGUGGUUAAAAAUGUUAAUUCAUUUGAUCUUUAGCAACUUGUUAUUUUGAGCAUGACAAUUUGAUCAGAUCAAUCUUGGUUCCUGCAUAUUGUCUGCCGACCAAAUGUAGAUACAUUUUUCUUGCAGUUUUUUCAGUUGAGCAGAAACCUGUUGGUUCCCAACUCAAGUCUAGUGUUCUAGGUGCUGGUCAGUGAGGAGGGCAUAUUUUAAUUUAGAAGGGCAUAAUUUAUAUAUGCCCUCUUCAAUGAUUGGCACCCUGCACCUAGAGUGAACACUACAAGCCUCCUAACAGUUCGAGUUUAUUGGUAAUCAUGCUUGAACACGUGGUUAAGAAAGUGUCUUUGGUACUAAUUAAGUCAUCUGUACGGAUAUCCUUUAAAACCUGGACUGUCAGGGAGGUUUUUGAAGAGUGCAAUUGAGGAACACUGUCAGAGGUUUUCAAGGUGGACCUUUCCUCAUUCUGUGGUCCAGAAAGAUCACCUAUUUUUCUGUCCAGGUCAUUGUAGGUGUUUUUCAGCACAUUUAUUUUUCUUUGCCAAGUUAUUUUCCUGUUGUCUGACUUUUUUCAUGCAGAACCACUCUUUAAUGCCAACAAGAUUCCACCAUGGGGAAAUUUCCCAUGGGCCGGUUAGAGAAAAAUAAAAUAGGUUUGUACAAUGUUCUGUUGUUUCAAGCAUCCAGCUUUGUUUUCAUCUCAGCUCUGCCUUAGUAAUUGCUGCCUAAAUCGUACAGUAUCAGUCACCUUUUCACUGCUUCUGCUCCACAAUAUGAUGCAACUGGACCCGUAGAAUGUGUGCGGUAUUUAAUAUCUGUAGUUCUAACCAAGCAUUGUGCCUCUACUGUAUUUAGACUGUAGUGAAGUUUUAAAAUGUGUUUCAUUAACAUAUUCUUUAUAAAUGUCAUGUCCUCCAGUGCAGACUGUAAGGUAACUUGUGCUUGUAAAUACUUGUGUUGAAGGUGUAUUUUUGAUAUUUUCUAUCAAAUACAAAAUUCUGCCGAUUUUUAAAUUAAACCUAUAAUCAAAGUA